GCUAAGAGGAAAAACGCCGAUGAUAUUGGUUUUGUUUUGUGGCGUGUCAAACAACAGCUGUUCGAACAAAGUUUGGCCUUUCAUAUCUGGAUAUUUCUCGUAGGUCAGCCGGCUAAAAAGCCACGUGGAAAAAGAUAGUUUAGAUAGGGGCCGUAGAAGUAACUGGGUGUUAAGUUACUUUGACUAAACGUAGGGGGGCUUCUCUUCUAGGCUCAUUGCCUUUCGUACUUCAGCUCACCUGGCUGGCUGGGGUAGAAGUAAAAAGAGUGGCGUGGAGAGAAUGGAUGACUUACCCCGGAAUUGUCAUGGCGGUUGUGACGGCGUGGCGAUACACUAGCGGCCGUCUCCUCGGAAGAUGGGGGCCGCUUCUGUGUGUCCUCCUGGUCACUCUUGUGGCCCUACUGACACCCCCGGUCGGAGUGGAGGAGCGCUGCCGUGGCUCCCUGAAUGCCAUCGCGCAGCUUUGCCGCCAGCUGUGGUGGAGCUCACAACAGCCCCCAGCUGUGCAGACCACCGGCCUCACUGUCCCGCUCACGGACCUCGACCUGCUUCCACUUAAAUCCAAGCCCAGCAAAGGGAUGGUUUUUGAGGCCAGAGCGGCACUGCAACAGGCUCAGGAGAUGAAGAAACAUGGCAAGAGGGAAAAAGCCCACAAGCUGCUGGUGCACGCGCUCAGUCUGAAUCCAGACUCUGUGGAUGCCCUGACUGAAUUGGGGACUAUUUUGGAAGAGGAGAAGGACGUGGUGCAGGCCGACCACUUGUACACCAAGGCUUUGGCCAUCUCGCCUUGCAAUAAGAGGGCACUGGUAAGCCGAGACCGCACCCUACCGCUGGUAGAGGAGAUCGACCAGCGUCAUUUUGGCAUCAUUGACAGUAAGGUGCGCAGGCUCAUGUCCAUCCCUAAAGGAAACUCUGCCCUACGCCGGGUGAUGGAGGAGACAUACUACCACCACAUCUACCAUACGGUGGCCAUAGAGGGCAACACGCUGACUUUAUCCGAGAUCCGUCACAUCAUCGAGACGCGUUACGCCGUCCCUGGCAAGAGUUUGCAAGAGCAGAACGAGGCCAUCGGUGUGGACGCGGCUAUGAAGUACAUCAACACCACGCUGUUAUCCAGAACGGGAACCAUCAGCGUGAGUAAUAUCCUGGAGAUCCACCGACGCGUACUGGGUCACGUGGACCCCGUGGAGGGCGGGCGCCUGCGCACCAACCAAGUGUUUGUGGGCCAUCACAUCCCACCGCACCCUCGGGACCUUCAGCGGCACAUGCAGGAGCUGGUUCAGUGGCUCAACUCGGACGAGGCCUUGCAGCUGCAUCCGGUGGAGUACGCCGCUCUCGCUCACUACAAACUGGUGUACGUGCACCCGUUCGUGGACGGUAACGGGCGCACGUCGCGGCUUUUGAUGAACCUCGUGCUCAUGCAAGCGCGAUACCCGCCCAUCACCAUUCGUAAAGAGCAAAGGGCAGAGUACUACGCAGCUCUAGACACCGCCAAUGAAGGAGACAUACGUCCCUUCAUUCGCUUCAUCGCCAAAUGCACCGAGAUUACACUGGACACUUUGUUGAUUUAUACUACAGAGCACGCGGUUGGGCUGCCGGGGACGAGGGCGGACCACACAGGUGAACAACAAACUAUCGCAGUUCACAACUGAGUUGAUGAUAGGAGCGCAACAGUUGUAUCUGCUAGCUUGUGCAAGGUCAUUGUCUUUAAAGGGAAAGUUGAGAAUUAGUUGGUCGAUUUGAUUUCAAUAAAUUCCUUGCAGUUUGUUAGUUAUUUGGUAGUUUCAGGGCUCCAGAGCGGCUAAGCUAGCGCGAGUCAAUAGUGUCUGUUUAGCAUACCAAUAAAAAACAACAUAUGCACCCAUGAGAAUCAUGCAUAUAAAUAACUAGAGUAUGAACAGCAAAAUUUGUAAUCCAGCAGCUCUGGAGGGAACAGGCUGUCUAGGCAAGCAGGGCGGAGUGAUAUCACAUUGUUUUUUUUUCACAGCUGAUUUGUUUUGUUGGAACAAAAGGAACUACCCAGCAGACUGACCAGUAACAUCAUUUUUUAAUUUUUUUAUUGGCACCAUUGACUCGCGCUAGCUUAGCCACUCCGGAGACCUGAAACUAAUAAAUAACUGACAAACUGCACGGAGUUUGUUGAAAUCAACUCCUGACUAAUAACAGUGUAUCACAAAAGUGAGUACACCCCUUUCAUUUCUGCAGAUAUUUAAGUAUAUCGUUUCAUGGGACAACACUGACAAAAUGACUGACACAAUGAAAAGAAGUCUGUGUGCAGCAUAUAUAAUAGUUAAUUUAUUUUCCCCUCAAAAUAACUCAAAAUAUAGCCAUUAAUAUCUAAAUCCCUGGCAACAAAAGUGAGUACACCCCUUAGAAACUACAUCCCUAAAUGUCCAAAUUGAGUACU